UGCAAGCGGUCUGUCGCUCAGCGCAGUUGAAAGCAGAAAUUCCUCGCUUUAUUGUGGAAAGGCUAACCAAAUAUUUCUGUAAAUGAGAACGAAAUACAAAGAACUAAAAUAAUAUAUUUUGAAAAGAAAAAUUUAAAUAAACAUCAAAAUGGGCAUUGCAAUACUCUAUGCGCUUGUCGUCGUUGUUGUGGGCGCCUUAUAUUGGAAACUACGGCACCAUUACAACUAUUGGGCACGCCGCGGCGUACCACACGAGACACCACAAUACUUUCUCGGUAAUAUGAGUGGCCUCGGCAGCAAGUAUCACUGGAAAGACAUCAAUAUACGCUUCUAUAACCGCUUCAGAGGUCAAACGCCAAUAUUCGGCGCCUACACUUUCCUCAAGCGUGUCGCCUACAUCGUAGAUUUCGAUCUAAUCAAGCAAAUUUUAGUGAAAGAUUUCAAUUAUUUCACCGAUCGUGGCCUCUUUCACAAUGUGCGCGAUGAUCCGCUCACCGGCAACUUACUGCUCUUGGACGGCGAGCCGUGGCGUGUGUUGCGCCAUAAGUUAUCGCCCGCUUUCACCACCGGCAAGAUACGUUUCAUGUUCCCCACCAUGGUGACGGUGGGUGAGCGCGUUGUUGGCGCAUGUCAGCGCAUUAUGAAUAUAGGCGGCACCGUGGAGAUGAAGGAGCUCUGUGCGCGCUACACCACCGAUGUUAUUGGCGAGGUUGCGUUCGGCAUUGAGUGCAAUAGCUUGAAAGAUCCGCAAGCGAUAUUCCGGCGCAUGGGCAGGAAUAUUGUCGAAAAGCCACGUCACUCGCUACUCGUGCAGGCCUUCAUGUUCACAGAUCCACAGCGCGCACGACAGUUGCGUUUGAAGAACUUUACCGAUGACGUCACCGAAUUCUUCAUGGGUGUAGUGCGUGAAACCGUGGCAUACAGAGAAAAGAAUGGCGUGAAACGUAACGAUUUCAUGGAUAUGAUGUUGGAAAUGAAGGCGCAACGCGAUCGCCUCAAAGACGGUGACAUCAAAGAGGAUGAUUUGACGAAUGGUUUGAAUAUCGAGCAGGUUGCAGCGCAAGCGCUGGUCUUCUACUUGGCUGGCUUUGAAACCUCAUCCACCGUCAUGUCUUUCUGUUUGUAUGAGUUGGCCUUGAAUCCAGAAGUGCAAGAGAAAUUGCGUGAAGAAAUAUUUAGUGUGCUGCAGAAAUCAGAGGAUCAAGUAACAUACGACUCUAUCAAAGAAAUGACUUAUUUGAAAAAAGUGAUAUCAGAAACGCUGCGAAAGCAUCCAGUCAUACCGCAUCUAACGCGCUUGACCGUCGCCGAUUACAAGGUACCGAAGACCAACUGGUUGCUGGAGCGCGGCAUGCGCAUCUUCAUACCCGUCGACGCUAUUCACCACGACCCCGAAAUCUAUCCGGAUCCUGAAAAAUUCGACCCCGAACGCUUUACACCGGAAGCCAUUGCACAGCGCCACCCUUUUGCCUAUUUGCCUUUCGGCGACGGCCCGCGCAAUUGCAUUGGCAUGCGUUUCGGCGAAUUGCAGACCGCCAUUGGCAUCAUACAACUGCUGCGUCACUUUCGCUUCAAACCUUCACCGCGCACACUCUCACCGAUGGUUUAUUUGAAGAAGAAUUUCCUCAUAGCCGCUGACGGUGGCAUACAUUUGACGGUGGAGAAUCUGGAGAAAAGACAAUCGUAUUGGGAAAGGCGUGGCGUGCCGCAUGAUCCACCCAGCCUACCGUUGGGCACACUCAAGGAGUGGCGUCGUACGAAGUCUAUGUGCGAAAUAUUCCAACCCAUCUACAAGCAAUUUAAGGGCACUGGUCCAUUCUGCGGUGUCUACUUUCUCCUAAAACCAGCCGUUUUCGUGCUGGACCUGGAAUUAACUAAAAAGAUACUUAUUAAAGACUUUCAGAAUUUUCAAGAUCGUGGCGUUUUUCACAAUGAAACUGCAGAUCCGCUCACUGGCAAUCUCUUUCAGUUGGAUGGACCACAGUGGCAAGUGUUGCGUAAAAAGCUGUCGCCCACAUUCACCUCGGGCAAAAUGAAAUUAAUGUUUCCCACUGUCAUGAAAGUGGCUCACGAGUUAAUUGAAGUUAUGCGUAAGAAAACUAAAAACGCACCCGACAAUGUUUUGGAGAUCACCGAUCUACAAUCGCGCUAUACUGCCGAUGUAAUUGGCUCAUGCGCUUUUGGUCUCGAGUGUAACAGCUUGCACAAUCCCGAUGCUGAGUUCGUGACCAUGGGUCGCAAGGCGCUGAUCGAACGCAGACAUGGCAAACUUGUCGACACAUUCAUUGAGAGUUAUCCAAGCUUGGCGCGUAAAUUGAAUUUGUGCUCGCUUACAAAAGAAGUGGAAGACUUCUAUGUCGGCAUAGUUCGUAAUACACUCGAAUAUAGAGAGAAGAAUGAGGUAAAACGUAAUGAUUUCAUGAAUAUUUUGUUGGAAUUAAAAAACAAAGAAGGCGCAACUGAUGGACUGUCAGUGGAGGAGAUAGCAGCGCAGGCUUUUGUAUUCCUCAUAGCAGGCUUCGAAACCUCUUCAACCACCAUGGGCUUCGCAUUGUAUGAAUUGGCUAAAAAUCAGGAAAUACAAGAUAGGUUGCGACUGGAGAUCAAUGCGACAUUGAAAGAGCACAGCAACGAAUUCACCUAUGAGAACAUACAUAAGAUGAAAUAUUUAGAACAAGUUUUAUCGGAAACUUUACGAAAGUACCCCAUACUGCCAUUUUUGGAACGUUAUGCAAAGGCAGAGUAUGACACCGGCGAUCCACGCUAUCUCAUCGAGAAGAACUCGCGUAUAUUCAUAUUCAGCUAUGGCAUACAUUACGAUCCCGAAUACUAUCCCGAACCAGAGAAAUUCGAUCCGGAACGUUUCACUGAUGAGGAAAUUCAGAAACGACCCGCCUGUACAUGGUUACCAUUCGGCGAUGGACCACGCAAUUGCAUCGGCUUGCGUUUCGGCAAAAUGCAGGCGCUGAUCGGUCUCGCUUUGCUGAUCAAGCAUUUCAGAUUCUCCUUCGCACCACAGACACAAGCUGAAUUGACUUACAAAAAAGAGACGAUACUGCUAUCAGCGGAACAUGGCAUACACUUGCGGAGUUACUGGCGUCGGCGGGGCAUACCGCACAGCAAGCCCAUGCUUUUGAUGUCCAUGGGAACGAAGCAUGUAGUGCAGAUUUUACGCGAGUCAUAUCAGCAGUUCAAAGGCACGGGGCCCUUUUGUGGAUUCUUUUUGCUAGCCACCAAUACAGCGCUUAUAGUGGACUUGGAGUUGGUUAAGAAGAUUCUAGUCAAAGAUUUCAAUUACUUCUCGGAUCGUGGUCUGUACACUAAUGCGCACAAUGAUCCACUUUCGGGUAAUAUGUUCUUCGCCGAAGUGGAGGGUUGGAAGCGUUUACGUGCAAAACUGACGCCGACCUUCACCUCCGGCAAAAUGAAGAACAUGUUUCAUAUGGUUACGGCGGUUGGCGAGCGUUUUGCGGCAACAGUUCACACCCGAAUCGGUGGUGGCGAUGCUGAGGGUCACGGCAAAGUGCUGCUUGUAUCAGACCUUAGUGGACGCUAUACCACCGAUACGAUCGGCACUUGCGCCUUCGGGCUCGAGUGCAAUAGCCUAGAUGCGGAGACACCAGAUUUCGUAUUGGUCACGAAUAGCUUCAUCAAUCGCCGGCGUCAUAACAAACUUGUCGAGGGCUUAAUCUUCAGUUUCCCGCGUAUUGCACGCUUUCUGGGUAUGCGCAUUGUGUCACAGCAUGUGCACGAUUUUUACAUAAAGCUCGUGGAAGACACGCUCGAUUACCGGAAAGACACAAAAUUGCGACGUAAUGAUUUUCUUGACCUACUCAUCGAUAUGAUGGAACGUGAGGACGCUGAUGGCAAACGUAUCGAGGGUCUGAGCGUGAACGAAAUAGCCGCACAGACUUUUUUGAUGUUUCUGGCGGGAUUUGAGACCUCAGCAACAACAAUGAGCUUUGCACUUUAUUUACUGGCGCAGCACCCCGACAUUCAGGAACGACUGAGGCGAGAUAUUAACGAGGUGCUCGCUGCCAACAAUGACCAGCUCACAUAUGAGUGUAUCAAGCAGAUGAGCUACCUGCAACAAGUAAUAUGUGAGACGCUUCGUAUGUAUCCGAUUGUGCCGAAUCUGAUGCGCAAGGCACAGUCAUAUUACGAUACUGGCGACCCAAAGUAUUACAUUGAGAAAGGCACCUUGGUCAUUAUACCCACUAUAGCCAUACAUUAUGACCCACAGUAUUACCCGGAUCCCGAGCGCUUCGAACCCGCGCGCUUCACACCCGAAGAAAUUCAACGCCGACCCGCUUGUACUUGGCUGCCUUUCGGCGAGGGUCCACGCAACUGUAUCGGCAUGCGCUUCGGCAGAAUGCAGACCAGCAUCGGCCUAAUUUAUUUGUUACGCCCGUGUUUAGUUCUAACGCGACCCUUUGUACGUUCACACCGCGCCGUAAUACUUUGUGCGCCCGCCGGCACGCUUCGCUCUGCUCAAAUAUACUGCACCUCAAUGUUGGGCUAUAGUUUCGUAAUAGCGCUCUACGCGCUCUUAGGGCUAUUCACAAUGUUUGUUGGUAUGAUACGUUCGCGUAUGCUCUAUUGGCAACGUCGCGGUGUAGCACACGACCAGCCGGCUUUUAUAUUGGGCAAUCUGCGAAGUCUUGCCAUCACGCGCCAACUCGGCGUGGUAUUACGUGAAACUUACGAUAAAUAUAAGCAUGGUGAUGGUCCGUUUUGUGGCUUCUAUUUGCUGCUCAAUCCAGUAGCGCUAGUGACAGAUUUAGAUUUGGCACGCAAUAUACUCGUACGAGACUUUCAAAAGUUUGACGGUCGUGGUUUGUACCACAAUAAACGGGAUGAUGCAUUUUCGGAGAACCUGUGGAGUUUAGAAGGUGACACAUGGCGCACAUUGCGCAGAAAACUGACGCCGAUUUUCACAACAGGUAAAACACAAUCCCUCAUACCGCUCGUCACCAAAGUAGGGGAGCAAUUAAAGCAAACAUUAGCGAAGCAACAAAGCACCGAUGCUGAAGUGGAGGUGCAAGACCUGCUUGAACGUUACACCACAGAUGUUAUUGCCAACAGCGUACUCGGUUUGGAAUGCAAUAGCCUUGAAAGCCCGGAUACCGAAUUUCGCACGGUAACACAAAGUUUCGCCUCAAAGCAACGCAACAGCUGGGCAGUUGCCUUGAUGCAGUGUUUGCCAAAGCUGGCACAACGCUGUCACUUGACCCGGACACUAAGAGAAGUACGAGAUUUCUAUUACCGCUUAGUCGGCGAUGCCAUCUUACAACGGGAGGAGAAUAACAUUAAAGGCAAUGAUCCAAUGAGCGCACUGCUGGACUUAAAAAACACUCAAGAAGCUGGACAAAAGUUAACUACCGACGAAAUCAUUGCAAACUCCGCUUUGUUCUUCAGCGCUGGCUAUGAAACUUCAUCAGCAACUUUGACUUUUGCGCUCUAUGAAUUGGCACUUAAUCAAAAGUCGCAAACCAAAUUGCGAAAAGAAAUUACGGAGACGCUGGAAAAGCAUGGCGAUAAACUUACCUUAGAAUCACUGAGUGAGAUGAGCUAUCUAGAUAUGGUUAUUGCAGAAACUUUGCGCAAACAUCCCAUAAAUCCCUAUAUCGAACGCGUUGCGAAUGAGGACUACGAAACCGCAGUGGCAGGUUAUGUCAUAUACGGUGGCACUAAAGUGCUCAUACCUGUUGAAGCCAUACACAAUGAUCCGGAGUUCUACCCUGAACCCGAGAAAUUCAAACCAGAACGUUUCGAAACUGAAAAAAUGGGUCGUCGCCAUCCGAUGGCUUGGUUGCCCUUUGGCGAAGGGCCACGCAACUGCAUUGGCAUGCGUUUGGGUCAGUUACUAAUCCGAAUUGGGCUCAUAUCACUACUGAGUCAGUUUAAAUUUUCAUCUUGCCCGCGCACUCCUAUUCCGUUGGUAUACGCUGACACCAGUCUACUCUUAAAGCCGCAAAAUGGAUUGUAUUUACAUGCAGCGAGACUCAGUUAGUUGAAAGAUGGCGUGUUCUGGCGAAAGCACAGCUUUUACCGACGACUUGUGGAAAAGGACUUUGUAGAAAAUGUUCUCGAAUGUUCAGUUAAAAAGUCAAAUGUUCCGGUUAUGUACGUAGCAAGAAGUCUCUUAUUAUAUUAAUUACAAAGAAUUCGUGUAAGAAAUAGUAUUUUCAUGACGCUUGUUUAUUUAAAAAUUAAAUUCAAAUUAAAUACUA